GUUUGUUUUGAAUUGAUAAAGUGCGUUGUGCGUUCCAGAAAAUUCCUACAAUUUCUAUCCUGACUUUUUGACAGAAUCCUUAAUUUACUGCAAGUUCGUGUGAUUUUCCAGAUUAAUUUUUCACUGUAUCGGCGAGGGGUUUGAUGCGUAAAACAGAAACAAAUUAAUUGUGUUCUCUGAGAAGAAUCUUCGACUAUCAGAAGUGUUCGCCUGAUCUUUCUUGCACCAUGCCCAAUGCGGAUGAAAAUCACACUAAUGACUCACCCAAUACGAUUGCUGGUGCGAUAGAAUACAAUGUGCAGCCAAAUGAUCAAGUCAGUGCAGGUAGAAGUAUCCAGCCAAGAACAUUACAGGAUUUACUUCGGUAUUCAAUCGCUUUGAACCCUGAUGGAACUAGUGCUAGUUCGUCCGCACUGCCAUUAGAUGAGGAGCGAAAAGAAUUUUUAUUAAGAGCUCUUGAAUCAUCAAUUGUCAAUGUCACAGAGGAGCUGAAGAAUGCUAUUCGAGUUAUCAUUAAAAGUGAGGCAUCUGAUGAUCCAGAAGAGUGUGAGGCUGCGUUUGACACCCUUGCAGAGUUUGUAGACGGCAUUGAUGCAGCAAAUGAUUUCUUUAAACUUGGAGGCUUUGCAGUUUUCAAACCUUGUCUCAGCUCCAAACACGACAGCAUUCGAUGGAGAGCAGCAUCAAUUAUAGCAGACCUCACACAAAACAACCCCUUUUGUCAACAACACAUACUGGAAGCCGGUUUCAUUCCAAUUUUACUUGAUCUAAUAAGUAAUGAUCCUGAUGAAAAAACGCAGACUAAAAGCCUCUAUGCUUUGUCAUGUCUAAUGAGGGAUAAUCCAAAAUCGAUCGAGCCUUUUCUGGAAAACAACGGCCUUGCAGUACUGCUCAAAGCAACACAGUCUCCAAUUGAAAGGCUUCAGACAAAAUCCUGUUUUCUCCUUUCAGUAUUGUGCAAAGAGAACCGUAAAAUAAGAGAUGAGAUGUGUUCAAUGGGCUUUAUUGAGAUGUUUUCCAAUCUCCUCGCUUGUUUCGAGAGCAACAAAUCUGUUGAACAAAUCCUAGCAGCUCUCAGAGAACUUGUGGCAGACAAUCCCCCGGCCUUAGAAAAAUGCAGCAAUCCUGAUUUACAGCUGCAAUCUUCUCUGAUGAAGAUAAAAUCUGAGCAUUCAGAUUCACAAGAAUAUGAGGAGGAAAUUGAUCAUGUAAAUUAUCUCCUGCAGAAUGUGUUCCUGAGUGAGCGGGCUGAAGAGGGGGAUCGCUGAAUUUGUAUAUCAACACCCUAAUUUUAUCUCCUUGAUCUGUGUUUCUAUCCUGUUAAACAUUUGUUGUUUAUUGUCAAAGUGUAUUUUUAAAUUCAAGUAUCCUGCCUAAAUUCUAGGCAGGUCAAUAAAAGUCAUGAAAACUACA